AUGCUUCAGAGACGGCAAGCUACGACCACGCCUGCCAAAGAAAAUCCUGCGUCGUUGAAGGUUGACCCGGCCACGUUUGUCGUCAAGUUUGACCUGAAUCGUUGGUCGCAGUGUGCUCCGAUCACGACAUACAUCCUCACGCUGUGCUCUACUCGGACCAAAACGUGGUGGGUCGUGCGCAAACGGUUCUCCGAGUGCUACGCCAUCCGCCAGCAGUUGGUGCGUCUCCCGGGAGUGACCAAGCCAGUCGCAGCGAUCCUUCGACCCAUGUCGUUGCUCCCGUUUCCACGCCGCAAAAUCCAGGGCGACAAUGAUGAAAUCAAAGCCGAGCGAGCGAUCGGUCUGCAAGCGUUCACCGCUGCUCUGGCAGUCAUGCGGCAGAAGUGCAUGGCUCUUGCGAUGGCAAGUGUCGAGUCGGACGUCUUCGACCAAGUCGAUCUGCUCUACACAGCCCUUACAGCCUUCCUUCAAGUCCCCGCGCUUCAAGUUCAAGAGGAAGUUCGCCAAUUCGUUCGAACCGCCACGUGUGAUGUUGGUCGGUUGCCAACCAGCUCGGACAACAGCGCUUGGAACCCCGCUGUGCCCGCCGUCGAGUGCGCCAUUUGCUUGGACGACAUGGAAAGAGGGGAUGCGACCAUCGUCGUCCUCCUUUGCGGCCACUCGUUCCACAAAGCGUGCGUCGAGGACUGGAUCAAGAGCCACUCCACGUGUCCUUUGUGUUGCACCCUGUCCUACGACCACAGCUACGUCAUCGAUUGCACAGUCAGCGCGAUAUUAACGGCGUCGACUGCUCUUGGCCAGACUUUGCUGGGUCAGCUGCGACAAUGCCAAACAACGUUCGCCCGCAUGCAAGCGUCGCCGCUCCUUCUGCAAGAAGGACAUCGGCUCAUGGAACGGCCCCCUAACAGCGAUUCCGCGUGCGCCGUUUGUUUGGACAACCUGAUGGUGGAGGAUACGGCAUGCCGUCAACUAGAAUGUGGUCACAGAUUUCAUCCUCCCUGCAUCAUCAAGUGGCUGAGCUCGCACAAGAGUUGCCCCGUGUGCAGAUCCGAGUCUUGCCAUGGCUUCAUGUCCUAGCCGCUGUCCUUUGUGUGUGUGUGUGUGCAAGUGCACCCAAGAGCAACGUCAGCACGUUUCAAAUACAUCGUGUGGAUCCUCCUGACCAGCGGCUGCAGCUGACGCGGGAGGCCCAUUGUCAAGCAUCAUCUGGUAUGUUGAGCAGGGAGCAACGAAUUUGCCUGCGAUGGCAUUGCCAGCGCCGCCAAUCCACGACGACCGACCGA